AUGAGCUCGGGCGCGGCGCCGUGCCGACAGCCGCAGCAGCAACAGCAGCAGCAGCAGCAGCAGCGGAUGCAUCUGCCGGCGGCCGUGGACGCCGCGGGCGACGGCGCCGGCUCGGCCGUCAGCCGGUGCGUGAUGGCCGGCGAGGAGGCGCUCGCCAGCCUGCACGAGGCGCUGCAGGAGUACCACGGCGAGCUCGUGCAGACGGGCAGCCCCGCCGUGCUGUGCUCGGCGCUGCCCUCGCACUGGCGCUCCAACAAGUCGCUGCCCGUCGCCUUCAAGGUGGUCGCCCUCGACGACAUCGUCGACGGCACCCUGGUGACGGUGCGCGCCGGCAACGACGAGAACUUCUGCGGCGAGCUGCGCAACUGCACCGCCGUCAUGAAGAACCAGGUGGCCAAGUUCAACGACCUCCGCUUCGUCGGACGCAGCGGCAGGGGGAAGAGCUUUUCGCUGACCAUUGUGAUCAGCUCGACGCCUUUCCAGAUAGCCACCUACAACAAGGCCAUCAAAGUGACGGUGGAUGGCCCCCGAGAACCGCGCACCAAGUCCAAUUUCCACUACCUACCGGGCCAGCACGCUUUCGGGCCCUUCGGCAUGUUCCCGGGCGCGCAAUGGCUGGACUCGGCGGCCUACCUCGGGUACCCCUGGCAAGAGUACUUCCGCCGGCCAGAACUGUGUAAGCUGCCAGCGGCCGCCGCCGCCUGCUCCAUGCUCAAAGCUGUCAACCUCACCUGCCAAGCAGACGAGGCGGUUACGAUCGAGUAUUGGCGGUAUAACCAUGACAUCGAGUACAGAGGAAAUGCUGUACCAUACGCCUACUGCAUGUACAACAGUGCGCUGAAAAGCUUGGUCCAGUUGGACAACCGCGUACCACUGGGUGCAUCUGACGACGGCCGGCUCGGAAGAAGAGCUCCUUGCCGUGCAGCGACGCGGGGGCGUACGUCGCACGGUGUCCCGUCCCUUUGUUUGCUCAGGAGCAUUAAUAAUGCCGCCGACCAGCCGGCCGCGCCCCGCACGAGGAGCUGCCAGUACAAAGAAGAGCUGUGCAAGCCUCAUGGUCUGAGGUUUACGGCCUGUGUACACAUACGGGGUGGGCCUACAAAGAAGGACAGGACAAAUACUUCAUUUGUUCCUCGAGGGGUUAAAAAGGGGGUGGUGGAGACAGGGGUGUCGGGGUUCCUCCAAGGCUUCAUCACAGGGCGAAGCAGUCAGCAGGCGACGGGUUGA